AUGAGGCCGCUGCACUACGCUGCGUGGCAGGGAGGGGGCGACAGUGUGCUGCUGCUGCUGAGGUCUGGAGCCUCAGUGAACGGGACGUCCCACGACGGACACACACCCCUGCACCUGUCGGCCCAGUACGGACACUUCCAUGUGUCUGAGAUGCUGCUCCAGCACCAGUCAAACCCGUGUCUCCUGAACAAGUCCAAGAAGACGCCGCUGGACCUCGCCUGUGAGUUUGGACGUCUACAGGUGGUGCAGUUGCUGCUCAGCAGUAACAUGGCCGCUGGGCUCCUGGAGGGGGAGAAGAAGGAGCAGAGCGACUCGUCCUUCACCACUCCUCUUCAUCUGGCAGCGCGCAACGGCCACAAAGACAUCAUCAAGCUUCUGCUCAAGUCCGGCAUCGACAUCAACAAGAGCACCAGGUCUGGGACCGCUCUACAUGAAGCAGCUCUAUACGGCAAGACCGAGGUGGUGCGCCUCCUGCUGGACGCCGGAGUCGACGUCAACAUCCGCAACACGUACAACCAGACGGCUCUAGACAUCGUGAACCAGUUCACCGCGAACACCGCGAGCAGAAGCAUCAAGCAGCUGCUGAGAGAUGCCACUGGAGUCCUGCAGGUCCGUGCUCUGAAGGACUACUGGAACAUCCACGACCCUACAGCACUCAACAUCCGAGCGGGCGACAUCAUCACGGUGAUGGAGCAGCACGCAGACGGCCGCUGGAAAGGCCACAUUCACGAUCCACAGCGAGGGACCGACAGAGUGGGAUUCUUCCCUCCCAGCAUCGUAGAAGUGCUGAGCCGGAGAAUCGUAGGAGGCGCCCUGUGUAGACACUCCUCCCUGCCUAUCACCCAGCGUUUGCCCCGCCCCUUGGCUACGCCCCCCUCCCCCCAGACUGACGACGGAUACACUCUGUACACAGUGCGGCGUAGUGCGGGCGUUGUGGAGCGCGCGUGCGGCUUGGGUACGGGACGGCGUGGUGCGGGAACGGGCGUGGUGCGGGACGGCGUGGUGCGGGACGGCGUGGUGCUGGACGGCGUGUGCAGGGCGGCGUGA